AUGGUACCUAAGAGUAGACUGCUUCUUCAUCUAAUGAUAGUAUGCAUAAUCUCAAUAUUCUUCCAAUCCCAUAAAACAGCUGCAGUCUCUUUGGCAUUGGAUGGUUGCCAAGAAAAAUGUGGAAACGUAGAAAUUCCUUAUCCAUUCGGCAUAAAGAAGGGCUGCUAUCUUGAUGGGCAAUUUGAAAUCAUAUGCGACGAUUCAUCGAAUUCUGCCUUUCUAGUUGACUUCAAAAUGAAGAUAGAACACAUCUCCAUACCACAUCACCAUGUAAGGGUUUCCAACUUCCCAGUUCUAAAUAUGACUUUCAAUAGAUCAUCAGGAGAAAGUUUGAGAGUAAAACCCACCCCGGAAUUUAAUUUUAGACGUUUCAGUUUGUCCCACACAAAAAAUAAGUUUGUUGUAGUGGGAUGUGAUUUGUAUGCCUACAUCGUUGAUAAUACAAGUAAAGAGUUCCUCACAGGAUGUGGAUCUCUCUGCAACCGCACUGACAUAGUCAGAUCCACUUCAUCUUGCUCAGGCUUUGGUUGCUGCCAGUCAAGUUUACCAAAAGAUUUCUCAAUUUUUACUUUGUGGGUUAAUAGAAUAAAUACCUUGAAAGAGUCCUGGCCAUCAGAUCCAUGUGGCUUUUUCUUUUUUGUAGCCACGGACAUCCAAAUUGAUCAUCGACAUAAUUUCUCAGCUUGUAAUGAAAGGUAUUAUGUCCCUGUAGUCUUUAACUGGACAGUUGGAAACACCAGUUGCAGCAACGCAAAGCAAAAAAAUGACUGUCGCUGUGGCCCGAAUAGUAAUUGCUAUGACAAUGAUGGAGAUUGGGGAUAUAGAUGCAUCUGCAAUCCAGGUUACCAAGGAAAUCCUUACCUCCCCAAGGGAUGCGAAGAUAUUGAUGAAUGUAUAAAGCCCAAUCACAAUGACUGCCAAGAGAAGGGCCGCUGCAUAAACAUACCAGGAAGCCACUAUUGCCAACGUAGUCGAGGACAUAUAUUGGCAUUGUUCAUUCCCUUAGGAGUUGGCCUUGCUGCUGGCCUUCUAAUUCUGGCAGCUAUUACUCUCUGGCUCUUCCGUAAAAUUAAGAAAAUGAAUGAAAGGAAAGGCUGUAGUGUCCGACUUUGGACUGUCAAGGGCAACUAA